GUAUCUCGGCCAUGAUGGGACACUCAGGGACCCGCGCUUGUUCCGUCAUCAGCCACAUCAAGCGGAUCUGUCGCGGGAUGAUUUAAGUAUCUGACUGUCGCGACGCAGCUAUAUAAAUGUAGAGGAGCAUUGAAACGGCAUGAGCAGAUAAGCCGCGCUCAGACAACAGCCUACGCAAUUGACGUCUCUUGGGAAAAGAGGAAUCGCCUAUAGGCAGUCAUGGCGGAUUUGUUGACAUAGAUCCAUUCGCUGAACUUAAGAAAUCGCGCUGUCACAACACAGCGUAUCCUCUGCAUAUUACCAACGAGGAAUUUCAGGCAAUCUAGCGAUCUCUCAGACUGCGUUCAUCUUUUCUUGUCGCUAGUCAAGAUGGCCUCUGCACCGCAGCAUAGCCCGAUCCCAGGGCCCAUCGGCAUGCCUCUAUUGGGAAACAUUUAUGAUCUCGAUGCGGAAACACCCCUUAACAGCCUGGAGCGUCUGGCAGAUACAUAUGGCCCAAUCUACAGACUGUCGAUCUACGGUACAACGCGAGUAUUCUUGUCAUCACAUGCGCUAGUUGACGAAGUCUGCGAUGAGGAACGGUUUACAAAGUCGGUCUUUGGAGGAUUGAAGGAGAUCAGGAACGGUGUACAUGAUGGCCUCUUCACCGCGAACUAUCCCGAAGAGGAAAACUGGGAGAUUGCGCACCGUGUUCUUGUCCCGGCCUUUGGACCACUAUCAAUCCGGGGGAUGUUUGAUGAGAUGUACGAUAUCGCCUCGCAGUUGAUCAUGAAGUGGGCUCGACAAGGGCCAAAGACUCCGAUCAUCGUCACGGACGACUUUACCCGCCUGACACUCGACACUAUCGCUCUAUGUGCGAUGGGCACGCGCUUCAACUCGUAUUACCAUGAGGAGAUGCAUCCCUUUGUGGACGCAAUGUUAACAUUGCUCACGGGAUCUGGUAGACGCGCACGUCGUCCAGCUCUUAUCAAUAACCUCCCCACAUCAGAAAAUACCCAGUACUGGAACGAUAUCGAGUUCCUGAAAAAGGUAGCGAAAGAAUUGGUCGAUGACAGGAGGGCAAACCCGGAGGAUAAAAAGGAUCUGCUCAACGCUAUGAUCUUGGGUAAAGAUCCGAAGACAGGAAAGGGCCUCACAGACGAUUCGAUUAUCAACAAUAUGAUUACGUUUUUGAUCGCAGGCCAUGAAACCACCUCUGGUCUGUUAUCUUUCCUUUUCUACUAUCUUUUGAAAACUCCACACGCAUAUAAAAAGGCACAGCAGGAGGUAGACGAGGUAAUCGGGAAAAGAAAAAUUACCAUCGAUGAUCUUCCCAAGCUACGUUACAUUAGCGCUGUCUUACGUGAAACGCUCCGUCUGAGACCAACGGCCCCUGCCUUUGCUUUGAGGCCUCAUCCAACCAAGAAUACAGAGGAUCCUGUCACUUUGGGCCGCGGCAAGUAUGCGCUGCAUAAGGAUGAAUCCGUCGUGGUGCUCCUAGCGAAGUUACACCGGGACCCUGAGGUCUACGGACCAGAUGCCGAAGAAUUCAAGCCGGAGAGGAUGCUGGAUGAGAACUUUGACAAGCUGCCUAAGAAUGCAUGGAAGCCUUUCGGAAAUGGUCUACGGGGUUGCAUUGGCCGUCCCUUUGCCUGGCAAGAGGCGCUUAUUGUCGUGGCCGUCCUACUCCAGAACUUCAAUUUCCAGAUGGAUGAUCCCAGUUACACUCUGGAGAUAAAACAGACACUCACCAUUAAGCCAAAGGAUUUCAGGAUGCGGGCUACUUUGCGGAGUGGACUUACUCCCACCAAUCUCGAAUCUGUGCUCAAUGGCACCGGCGCAGGUCCAGCGGAAGUAUCCGGUGCGGCAAGCAGAAAUCGUAAAGCAGAGGCGCCGUCGAAUGGAUCAGCUCCGGGACAAGGGAAGCCUAUGUACAUCUUCUUUGGAAGCAACACAGGGACCUGUGAGGCGUUCGCCAAAAGACUUGCAGACGACGCAAUCAGCUAUGGAUAUAAUGCUCGGAUCGAUUCCCUUGACUCAGCGGCGCAAAAUAUCCCGAAAAAGGACCCGGUUGUCUUUAUCACGUCAUCAUAUGAAGGCCAACCUCCGGAUAAUGCUAUUCACUUCUUCGAGUGGCUGAAGGGUUUGGAGGGGAAACAACUGGAAGACGUCAAUUAUGCUGUAUUUGGUUGUGGUCACCAUGAUUGGCAAGCAACGUUUCACUUAGUACCCAAAACAGUUGACAGUCUUAUUGAACAGAAUGGGGCUUGUAGGCUUUGUGACAUUGGUCUGGCUGAUGCUGCGGCUUCUGAUAUGUUCAGUGACUUCGACACCUGGGGAGAAUCGGCGUUCUGGCCCUCAAUUACCUCAGCGUUUGGACAGUCGAAAUCCAAGGAUGCGGCUAAGCCCAAGUCUGCACUCCAAGUUGAAGUAAGCUCAAGGGAGCGCACCUCCAUCCUAGGUCUCCGUUUACAGGAAGGCCUGGUCCUUGAAAACCAACUCCUCACGCAGCCCGGUGUGCCUGCCAAGCGCAUGCUCAAGUUCAAGCUGCCGUCCGAUACGACUUACCAGUGCGGCGAUUACCUAGCUGUGCUUCCGGUGAACCCGAGCCAUGUGGUCCGUCGAGCCAUAAGUCGCUUCAAUAUCCCAUGGGACGCUAUGCUUCGUAUUCAGAAAGCUCCCGGUGUGACCAGUUCACCAGCUUCGGUCCCUCUCGAUUACCCUAUCUCCGCAUUUGAACUCUUGUCGACGUACGUCGAGCUGUCCCAGCCAGCUACGAAACGGGAUGUGAACAUCCUCGCAGAAGCCGCCGCCUCAGAUGCAGACACUCAAGCUGAACUUCGCUAUCUGGCCUCGAGUCCGUCUCGUUUCAACGCAGAGAUUGUGGCCAAACGAGUCAGUCCGCUAGAUCUUCUGCUUCGGUAUCCUGCGAUUGACCUGUCUCUUGGCGAUUAUCUAGCAAUGCUGCCGCCGAUGCGUGUGCGUCAGUACUCGAUCUCGUCCUCGCCAUUAGUUAAUCCUUCCGAAUGUUCCAUAACACUCUCGGUUUUGAACUCCCCCUCAUUGGCGUCCGGUAAAAAUGCUAGUGAAAAGGAGGAAGAGGAAAGGUAUCUCGGUGUUGCCUCAAACUAUCUCUCUGAGCUCUCGGCAGGUGAGCAGGUUCAUAUAACUGUUCGCCCCUCGAACACCGGUUUUAAGCCUCCGUCUGAUCUCAAGACGCCUAUGAUUAUGGCCUGUGCUGGAAGUGGUCUUGCGCCUUUCCGUGGCUUCAUAAUGGACCGUGCGGAAAAGAUUCGUGCCCGACGCACCAACUCGGAGGGUGGUGAGGCUGUGGAAACCGAGAAGCCCGCAGAAGCCAUUCUCUACGCCGGCUGCCGGACCAAGGGCAAAGAUGAUAUCCACGCGGCAGAACUGGCUGAAUGGGAGAGUCUGGGAGCUGUGCGUGUGCGAUGGGCCUACAGUCGUCCUGAGGACGGCAGUAAAGGUCAGUAUGUGCAGGAUCUCAUGCGGGCUGAUAGAGAAGAGCUGGUACAGCUGUUUGAAAGUGGAGCUCGGGUCUAUGUCUGCGGGAGCACAGCAGCAGGAAACGCCAUCAGGGAUGUCUGUAAGGAGGUUUACCUUGAGAAGAGGCGCGAAAGGAUUCGUAAAAUCAGGGAAACCGGAGAGACCGGGUCAGAUUUGCCGGAUGAAAAUGAAGAUGAGGAAACAGCGGCUGAGAAAUUCUUUGCGAAACUGCGGGCUAGAGAGCGUUAUGCCACGGAUGUUUUCACUUGAUCAUAUGCAGCCUGGGUUGGGAU